CGACUCUAAGGUGAGGGGCCUGAAGAGCCACGUGGUCUCAAGGAUUCCUCAACCUCGAUUCCCAGAGGACGAUGCAAAGAGGUCCAGGUACACCUGCACAUGCAGUGGGUUGUGUUACAGAAGAACUCUGAGCUUUCACACUGGAGAGUGAGUAUGCUUGCUGUAGAAAGAGACACCACCUCCAUCUUCCAAGGCUAGCCAUGGGAAGCAAGAAGAAGGAAAUUGCCCUGCAGGUUAACAUCAGCACCCAGGAGCUUUGGGAGGAAAUGCUCAGUUCCAAAGGACUAACUGUUGUUGAUGUCUAUCAAGGCUGGUGUGGGCCCUGCAAACCCGUGGUGAGCCUCUUCCAGAAGAUGAGGAUGGAGGUUGGCCUGGACCUUCUGCAUUUUGCAUUAGCAGAAGCAGAUUGUCUUGAUGUCCUUGAAAAGUACCGAGGGAGGUGUGAGCCGAACUUUCUGUUUUAUGCAGGGGGAGAACUGGUGGCGGUGGUGAGAGGAGCCAACGCCCCGCUGCUGCAGAAAACCAUCCGAGAGCAGCUGGAGGCUGAGAAGAAGGUGCUGGCCGAAGGCCGCGAGCGAAAAGUGAUUAGAGACGAGGCUCUGUCUGAUGAAGACGGAUGCCUCUCCCAUGACAAGGACAAUGGUGAAGAUGUGGACGUGGCUUCAUCAGGGAAGACCUGCACCUUGGCCAUCAUUAAGCCAGACGCAGUGGUCCACGGAAAGACUGAUGAGAUUAUUAUGAAGAUCCACGAAGCCGGUUUUGACAUUUUAGCAAAUGAAGAGAGAACCAUGACAGAGGCAGAAAUGCAACUUUUCUAUCAACACAAAGCUGGGGAGGAGGCAUUUGAGAAGCUGGUACAUCACAUGUGCAGUGGACCGAGCCACCUCCUGAUCCUCACCAGGCCUGAGGGCCCGGAGGACGUGACCGCUGCCUGGCGAACGCUCAUGGGGCCCUGUGACCCUGAUGUGGCAAGGAGGGAGCAGCCUGACAGUCUCCGUGCUCAGUUCGGCACAGAAAUGCCCUUUAACGCAGUCCACGGAAGCCAGGAGAGAGACGCCGCCAGCCGGGAACUGGCAUUGCUCUUCCCCACAUUUAAGUUUGCAGAUGAAGUUCUAGAAGCCUCUCUGGGCCACGGGGCUGAAGGAGCGGCGGGUCCCACCGAGGCACGUCGAUUCCCUGAGGACAUGGACUGAGAGGCUGGGUUGCUCUUCCGGAGCAUGUGACCAGGGGCAAGGCCACGAGAUGAAAUGUCAGUGCACUCGAAUCAGCUGCACAUAGGAAAGCUCCAGAAUCGGAACUUACUCUUUUCAGCACCAAUAUUUUUUUGGUUUAGCUAUGUCUCAUGAACAAUAAGAAUAGUAUAUACUUUCUUGCCUUAUUAAACAGUAUAUAGAAUAUAUAGUUUUUUGCUUUUGUUUUUUGCUACCUCUGGGAUUUUAUAAAAUAAAUGGAC